CUGCUCGGUGCGGGGCGGGAUGCGGGCAGGACCCGGAGGUUGCCUUCCCGUCUGUCACUCCAGGACUCGCUCCCGCCUGGCAUGAGGGUGUGGAGGGGGUACCUCCGUGCCUCUCCUCUGCUUCCUACUCUGAUGUGAGGCGCAGGCAUGCUCAGUAGCCGGUGCCUACCCCUCCUCUCCCAACAACAGUGCCUACAACAGUAGGAGACUGGUGGCAGCAGGCGCGGAGCCGAAAGCCAUCUUUGCUGGAGAGGGAGGCAGCGCACCCCGCUCGGCCCCUCGCCAUGUCUGUUCCAGCUUCUACCCAAGGUCCCACCGGUGCUGCAGGGGCUGCAGGGCCUCCUCCUGCUACCAGUGUGUCCAGCAACAAGCGGCUGCAGCAGACACAAGCCCAGGUGGACGAGGUGGUUGACAUCAUUAGAAUGAACGUGGAUAAGGUGCUGGAAAGAGACCAGAGGCUGUCAGAGCUUGACAACCGGGCAGAUGCAUUGCAAGCAGGUGCCUCACAGUUUGAGACCAGUGCAGCCAAACUGAAGAGGAAAUACUGGUGGAAAAAUUGCAAGAUGAUGAUCAUCCUUGGUGUAGUAUGCGCAGUCAUUCUCAUUAUAAUUAUAAUUUAUUUCUCCACUUGAAAAAGCAAAGAAGGAAGACUUGGCACAACUUUGUUCAUAUCAACCGACGAUAUCAGUGUUCCUUUGUUGAACUCCGCUUUUUAAUUCCCGGUGUCUUGGGAUUUUUGCUUGUAAUAACCCAUAAGCAUUCAGUGUGGUGUAUUUUGGAAUUCUGUUGUUUCCACAAGAAACUGUACCAGCUAAAUACUGCCAAGUAGUUCCAUACACUGUCUAAUCACUGUGUCUUAAAAUGUGUAUGCACUGACCUUCAGAAACUGUAGUAUAUGAAAAGCAUCCUAAAACAUCUCCGAAUCAGAGAAUGCAGCUGUGGGGAAGCUCCUGUUUAAAGGGACACUGUCAGGUGGAUUGGACUCAAAUCGAAGGUUGCAGCAAACAUUAGGACCAAAAUUCUCAAUCUGAGCUCCUAAAGUUGGAUGGCAAAAUCCAUUGUCAGAUGUAUCUCUUAUUCCCAUUGAAGGAAGAGAGUGAUACCUACAAGUAUUCAUGUAAGAUAUCACAUUUCCAUUUAGCCAACCAAACACAGAUUUUUUUGAGAUUAGAUGUAGAAUCCAAGUCUAAAAACAUUGUCUACAGAAAAUAAAUAAGACUGGUUUAUCAUCUUUUAUGGAUUUAAUUUUUUCCUUAUGGAAAACACCUAAUGGUGUUUGGAACAACCAAGAUGGCCUCAAUACAAAAGCCAGAAAGAAAAAAUGUUGUAUGACAACCAAAAAGCAUUAGCUAGCACAGUCCUGAAAAAGCCAGGUGAAAUGCAGAAGUGGUAAUACAGGCAUCACAAAUUACUCAGAAACAGUUUCUUGCUAAAACCUCAAGGCACUGUUUGUCACGUUUCAUGGGACAUCUCUUGAAUACUAAUCCACAAUAGUUAGGCCCAAACUUAAAGCACAUGAGCAGCACUGGUGCUGUCUGCGGCUUUCCAGCUCUGUUGUAGGAAGCUGCCUCUGCACCAGUUUGCAGAAAUGGUCCCUGCUGUAAGGAUCAUUCAAAAAUCAGGAAGAAGGUAGGGGGGAACAGUGGAGAGAGGCUGAGAAACGGAAGGGUGCCUAGCAAAGCUUUCCUGAAGAAGAGGAAGGAAGAGAAACACUGUUCAAAGUAGUGGUGUUAAAAAGCUUUAAAAAUAUAUAUUUUAAUUUGUGCAUGUGGAUAGUUCAUAAACUAAAGUGUCAUCUUUAUAAAGUGCUCAGCUGAGAUACCUAUUAUACUCAAUUAAUUUAGACUAACAUUUGAUGUAAUUAAAAGAAAUUAUAUAUUGUGGCUUGAGAGAAAGUUCUUGUAUGGUCUUGCGAAUUUCUUGUUUCUUUCUUUUUAAAGCAGUGAAUAGUUUAAUCAUCCUUAACCAAACUAAAAAUGAAUUAAUCACAUUUUGAACCAGGAAAUUCAGAAAAGGAUCUUUUUAGGAUAACUCCUUCAGAAUUCCUAAAAAGAAUUCAUAGAAUUUAAAAAAUAAUAAUUUGGUGGGUUGGGGUUUUUUGUCUGCAAUUUAAUUAGGGAAUAGAAACAGUGGUAAUAGUAGUGUAAAUAUUCCCACUGUGGAGUAUCUCUCUUGACAUGGUUUUAGAUUUAAAAAAAUGGAUACCCUGACCAGUUUGUUGCUGUGAAUCUAUAUAUAAAUUGUGCUGAAGUAGAAUUUUGCAGAGAGAAUAAGUAAUGAUCAAUUGAAAGGUUCCAGUUACAUUCUCCCCUAAAUAUUUAUUACUUUAUAGUCAUGCGUACUGCUUCAUAUCAUUAAGUCAUAAGUGGCUCCAGUCUUAAUGAAGCUGAAUAUUCAAAGUUACUAAUUUGAUCCUGGACUCCCUGGUAUGCCCUGUUCACUUCAGUCCUUCAGCUGGGUGAGAACAUAAACAAUUCUGAAAUCCUCAUGGGUCAGACAAAAAUCAUAGGGAUGAUGAAAGGCCUGACUCCAUGAGGUGACACACCUGAGUGCUAAGUAUAAUGGAGCUUUCACUGGUAGAGGAACAAGCCAUCCAACUUCAGGACCCUUUUAAACUGCUAAGAUAAUUAGAUAGCUGAUAUGAAAGAAUUAUCUCCUAAGAUUGGGACCCUGCCACCCACACACAUGUUGAGCGUGGUGUCCUCACAGAGCUUCUCGACUGAAAAGACUGAUGAGAUGAAGAUAGCUUUCGCUGGAGGUGGUGCAAUCAGUAAGGUGAUAUGCUGAUACUGAGCCUUAAUGUAGAUGUUCCUUCUCCUCUGAGAGGCUGAACUGAGUACUCAGCUGAUAGGACUGCAAAUACACAUUAAAUCGUUUGAAUCUUCUAGCUACAACCAUGCAAAGCUCCCAAAUGAAACUGUAGUGAAAGUGCUGUGAGGAUGCAAAGCUUACAUCCUCCCAGCUAAUGUAGUUCAAGCAAGUUAAUAAUCAAAGUGGGACCUUUAGGUGAGAGUGGAGAAUAGAAAUUGUUCUUUGUGGAAUGUGGACCCAUUCUCUCUCAAAACUGUAACUAAUGGGGGGGUGACUGCUAAAUGUUAGUGAGACUUUGCAAGGAAGAGUUAAGAAAUCUACCUUCUAGUGGGUUGUAGAAUGUUUGUGAAGAGACUAUUUCCUCCUAUGUGGUAAUGAAAUAUGAUAAAUUAAUAUGUUUAACUUUUCAAAGUUGUUUGCCCACAGUGUGCUUGUGAAUGCUGAAUGUUUGCUACUGCUUGUGCCAUGGUAGUUGGUUGUAAUUGGUAAGAUAAACCAUGUAACUUUUCUAAUUCAGCCCAGGAAGCAUGAACAAGUGUGUCUUUCCCUGAUGCACAGACCCAGAGCUCAACUGCUCUUGCAGAGGGUUAAAUCUUCAGCAAGGAGAGUAUGGUAAUAUCGAACUGUUCAGGGUCAUAGAUUGUGCAACAGCAUCACAUAUGUGCAGACUGGUGCAGAGGAUAAUCUGUAUAAACACAGUUGGAGAUCUUAUUUGUGUUGAAGCCAGGAUUGAUUGCAUUCAACUUGCUGCUUCUACAUUUUAAAUGUCCGUACAGUUACAACUGCCUGCCUGUAAAUUGUCCAUGAAGAGGUUAAGCCAUUCUUGUUCAGUCACCACUGAUUAGAAUUUCAGCUCCUGCUUUGCACCACUGACUGCUGCCUAGGCUCUUCCCUUGGGCUGGUAAAACAUCACAAAAGGGCUUCCCUUUAGUGACUCCGUAGCAAAUCCUCAGGGCACUCCAAGGCCAUUGCUUUCUGACUGCCACCUUGGGGACCAAACUGAAGACUCUUCUGGCUGGAAACAAUGCUUUUGGUAGCUUUAUCCAGAAGUAGACAUUGUUUGAGACCUGCCUAUUCCAUCCUUAUAAGAAGCUCUUCCUCUGCUUUCUGGACCACAGCUGUACUUCUCAGAGGCUGUAUAGCAGGAGGUGCCCUUCACACAGAGCAUAGCUGAAAGGAAGUGGUUAACAGCUGGUCCGUGCCUGUACCAUGGCUGCUGCUUGGCUUGUCAAUGAUCGUACAUCAGCUUCUGAGCUUGAACAAGUGUUAUUUGCACCCACUAUCAACAGGCUAGUGAGGUCCUGCUUGGGCAUUACACUUCCUCUCAAAUUUAGCUCACGUUGCAGUAACACAGAUGUGGCUUUAAACCUGAAAACAUUGUUGCACAUAACUUGGCAGGAAAACUUAGUGUGGAAGCCCUAACGACAUACUUGACCUGAUUUUCAGUUGACAACAUUAUGUAACAGCGCAGUCAAUCCAACAUAGUCAAACCUGAUCCAAUACUAUUAGAAGGAGGAUGGAAGAAUUUGAUCAAGAUUCUGAAUGUAACCUAGAGUCUGUAAGACAAGGAAUGAUUUAGAAAUGUAGAUUUUUAAAGCUGGCACUUUCAUUUUGUUGGAACCUGCAUGAUGUUAGCCCUGGGAACAGUUCAGGCAAGUAAAAUAUUUGGCUUUUUUCUUUUUAUAUAGUGAUCUGCAAUAAGUGACUUAAACACUCUCAGUGAUGGAAGAGCAGGACAUUAUUGUCUGUGCAAGGAUUGAAUUAGAACAGCCUAAAUCUGUUAUGCUUUUGUCUGAGUAGCGAGACCUUUUAAAAUUCUACUGUUUCUCUGUCACUACUCCUCUGACAGGGCUUCACCUAACUUUAAUUUUAUGAGCAGCUGGACUACUUCUUGUCUGAAUACAAUGGAUUUUAGCUCUUAAGAGCAAGUUCUUGACUUGGCAUCGGUAUUAGAACAUACCUGCAAAAUGGUGAUGUCUGCUUCUCAGAAGUGCAACUACCAUGGGAGACUCAAACUUCAGGAGCUUUUAGAAGCUCGAUGUUACUCAGCUCUUUGAUGCUUUUACAGAGUGAAUUUUCUCUAUUCCAUGGCAGAUUAUCCACACAGUGGGAAUAUGUAUGAUCUAUUAUUUUUUUUAUGAGAGCGCCUUGAUUUCAUGUUGGUGAGAGACCUUCACAAAUAACCUAAAGAGCACUUGGGUAUGAUCCAGGAUUUAGAUCUCAACCCUGCUUCUCCUGCCCUUUAAACAGGGAAGAGGGCUGAACCAGCAGCCAUGUAAGGCACUGGGGUCCCUCCCAAUGUACACAGUGAGUAUGAGAAAGGUCUCAAAGUCUCUAUGAUCUGGAUUUGCAUCCUGACCUGAACUUUAGAUCUCUAACAGAUCAUAACCUUUGGGCCCUCUAUGUACUCAGAAGACUGAGAUGCUCUUCCAGCCAGUUCUUCCUCACCUCAUUUAGGUCCCUGUUGCUAGACAAGAUACAUUUGAGCCAGAGAAAACAAAAGCACCCUCAAAUUAGCUUCUUUAAAAGCAAAAUUUAAAAGGCUGAAGAAAAUAGUUUGAAAAAAAAGAAUUGUAGCUAGAGAAAUUACUGCCUGAAGGUUUCUCAAAUGGUAACAUUAUUGUCAGGAGGGAUACUAGAUUAGGAUGUAUGAAACAACCAAACCUCACACCAGUUGUUCUUUCUCCAUCUGGUCUCCUUCAGAAACACUUCUCUAUUCCACUUCAAGAAAGGAUUUUGUUUUCCUCUUCAGAUAAUUUCCCUUCCUUAGUUCAUUAAUGUAUGUCUCAAUUGAUGUGCUCAGCAGUUUUCUUCUCCAUUGAGAACUGGAAGACUCUCUGCCUUUAAACACAUGCAUAAAAAAAGAUCUCAGCCACCCGAGGAGUUUACCUUCCUUCCUGGUGCACUGACAUUUAAAAGCUACAUCUUAGAAUAAAGCAGAAGAACUGUGGCAGUCUGGUUACAUGCAGUUUUGGUGGAGCAAACACUUGAUUAUUCAACAAUGAGUCAUUCCUGCAGUAACCUCAUUCUGUCAUGACUGUAUCACAUCUGCUAACUCUCCAAAGCAAAAACCAUAACCUGCACUGGUUUCAAACAUGAAUACAGCCUCAUGGUUUGCACGUAACACUCUAUUCAACCAAAGAAGCCAUGUGCUAUAAGUAUAAAAGGGCAAAGUACUUGUUCUCAAAGAGAAAAUAUCAUAGAGAACAACAAAGACAAUUAUGAAAAAACCUUCUCCAUUCUUUAGCUCUUCUCACAGUGUCUGGCUUAUCCAUUAUUCUUCAAGUCUCUUUCUGUUCUCUUAGAAAGCCUUUGUGGUUUUGGAGGUAGUGUAUUUGGAACACGGUAUAUUGGGGUAGCGUUGUUCUGCCCUCUCGGUUGACUCCCUGCCUCCUGCCAUGGUGUUACUGUUGCCCUCAGCCAGAGCUCAGACAGGCCUUGGGUGAAGCAGAACUUCCUCCCCAUAAUGCCCAGCUCUCCUCAAACCAGUCUCCACUCUCGCAGGUGGUUGAGAACACCUGAGGCAGAAUAUGGCUCCUGGGUCUUAAUUUGGUUCAAAAUUAUGUGAUACAAAAGAAGGCUAAACAACAGCAUUUUUGCUAUAUGACUUUAAAUUGUAACACUGGAAUUUGAAUUAAACUUAUUUAACAGUUCUUGUAACAGUAAUUCCAUUAGUUUUGUUGGAAAGAGAAGAAACAGCAAAUAAGGAUAUUGUGCUAAUGACAAUAUAGUAAAUUGGGAAAUGGUCCAAGCGAAAUAUCACUAACAUUCAGUAACCUCCUUUUUAUAAGUGGCUCUACCUAAGAGCACCUUUUUUAUAUUAAAAUUAAGCAGUGCUUGUCUAUUAAAUUCAAAUACUUUAAAUGAACUAUGACAGAUGGUAGAUUUUUUUCCUGGACAAUGUGGCGGAUAUAUGCAGGCAGGCUGGUGUAGCAUUUUUUGCAGAGAGCACCAUUUGGGGUAUUCUAUGCCAAGAUAUGGGGCUCCUGCCAGCUGCAGAAGUGGUCAAGGACUUAAGACAAAUCAGGACUGGUGCAGUAAAGAUAAAGACUGAACGUCCUCUUUGUCCUAGAGCAGUUUGGUCUCAGUAAUGGAAUCUUCAUGAUGCAGCAUAAUUAUUUGGGUUACCCUUGAUCCACUCCAGUACCUGUGCUUCUCCACCUAUAAAUGGUCUAAGGUGAGGAUGGAAAAUCCCUUUGCUGAAUCCAUUACAUUCCUGUCAUAUAUAUAUAUAUAUAUAUAUAUGAACACAUGGUGGUGGCUUGAGCUUUUUGUAAUGAAAAGUUUAAAAGAAUUAAAUCAGUUUCUCCCCCUGAUACACUGCAGGUUUGUUUGAAGUAAAACUAAAUAAUGGCAGCUGCAAUUAUUUUCUUUGUAAGAUCAAGGAUUGAGAUAGUGCAUAUAAUGGACCUACAAACUCAUAGAUACACAAUGCAUAAUUUUUUUCAGAAGUUUAGCUAUUAAUAUUUAUAGUAUUGAUCUGAAAGUUUGCUAAAAUUUCUUUAUUAAUGAAAGUAGUCUUGGCUGGAACCAAACUUCAGUGAUCAGCAUGACUACCAUGCCACUAACAAGCUACCAAAUAAUGCAAGUUCAACCCUUCAUGAAACCCAAAGGGAAAAAAUAUUUUGAAUAAAAGUAGAAAUGUACGGUAAAGACUAUGGGUAUAAAGUUUAACCAUUACUCAUUUAAGUAUUAUUUAAGCAAUUGCCAGCUAUAAAAAUAGUCAAAUAAUGUAAUUAUAAAAUAAUAAUUAUAAAAUAAUUGUGAAAUAAUUAGCUUUCAAAGGCUAACUAUAGAUGAAAUAAUAUUUUUUCUCAUUAGAAAAGCUAGCUUCAAUCUAUGUUCCAUCUACUUUUUCCCCAGACAAUAAAAUGCUAAUAUUGCUAUGACACACUCACAGGUCUGCACAAUAAAACGUUACAGAUAGCACACUACUUGUCAUGAAAAUGUCUUGUAAAUGAAACGUCCUCCCUCCCCCAGCCAUAAACCUGGUAAAAUAUUACUCACAUUAGGUUUAUCAGCAUCACUGAAAGAUUAGAAAUUAGUACCUCCUACUCAAGAGUGGGACUUAAAAACAUGCUUUGUCUGUUGCAAAAAUACAUUCUGAGGGGGAAGCACCAACUGUGUAGAGGUUAAAUUUUUAUUUGACAACUCCUGUUCUUUUUUCCUUCCCCUUUCCAAAGGAAGUGCUUAUAUAUGUAGACAGGCAUUUGCCAUUUAGGCGAGAUGUUCUCCUUCCAAGUAUGAAAGAGAUAAAACAGCCAGUAUCUACUGUGAGCAAACCUUUAGUUUGUUUUGCAAAAUAAAAAGUUCUCUAAGUGGCAAUAGAUGAACUCUUAUUAUAAACUUGUUAUGCUCAUUGCAGGAAAUGAGUUCAUAGCCAGCUAAUUAGUAUUUUCCUUAAUGACUUAUGCUUGAGUCUUAACACAGAAGAGCAGCCUCUGGAGGUGUUUAUGUAAUCAAUUCAGCACUGUAGUAUCUCACACUCGACAGCCUGGAGUGAGGAGCAAGGCGUGCCCUGUUCUGGAAGUGACUUCAACAUGUACCUAAGCAUAUAGUGAAUUUCUGUUUUCUGUUUAACACAACAAAAACCCCUCAUUUGUCCUUGCUAAAUCCAGGCCUGAUAUGUUCUAAUUCAGAAGAGGAAAAACCUUUCAUCUGGAUGAGAAAAAAAUUAGGGAGAAAAGGACCCCUGGGGUUGCCGGGUCUGAUGUCCUGCUCGAAGUAGGGCUGCCUUUGAGGUUGGAUCAGGUUGUACAGGUAUUGUCUUGAUGAGUUCUGAAGAUCUCCAAGGCCCGUGACUCCACAACAAAUUCUGUCAUUGGGUAUGUUCAAUGCCCUGCCAAGGCUGAUAAAAGUGCAGGAAACACCUUUGUAAGUGCAUGUGGUUUGUGUUUUUGCCUUUUUUUUGGUUGUACAUUUAUCUGAUUAGAAUAAAAUUCAGAUCUAGUGGAAGUAAGUGCAAGCCCCCUUUUUUCAAAGGACUUCCACUGACAUCAAGAAAUUUUUUCUUUCUUGUUGCCAUUGGUCUAAGCCAGAUGUGAUCAUGCUGAGGAUAUCAAUGCAUUCUCUCUCCUCUGAGUGUGUGAAGCCUACUUCUCUGACCGUGAAACUGGGAAUAGGCGUAGAAUCAGGUCCAGAACAUCUGGUGAAGUCUUGUUCUGUAUUGUCUGAGGUCAGUGACACAAUCCUGAGUGGCUAUUCAGUUACUAGACUGGCACCAAAGAAAGAAGAGGAUUUACUGAGAUUACUCUUUCUCCUCACAAGUCACCUUGGCAAUACCACACCUGAUUCAAAUGCUGAUGGAAUGGCAGUGCAAAAUAAAAACCUUUCUUCUACCUCUUUCCCUGUAAUUCUUCAAGCUUUACUUCCUGUAAUCGGAAUAAUCAGAAAUAAGUUUUCAGUUGCCCUUUUAAAAACCCAAACCCCAGACCAAAUGUCUAACUGCAUUCUUUUAAGGGCCACACAGUGGUGUUAAGCUAUGUAGUAAUACACUCAGAAAGGACCUGAAAGUCUGUGCUGAGAAUAGCAUCUCUCACCUCAUAGACUCAGCUGUACUGAGCAAGGAGUUGUGAUUUGUGCCUGCACAGAAAACAAUCCAUUUGCACCUUAUUGGAACUAUCUGGAGAGGAAAAAUAAUGCUGUGGAGACCAGGACAUUUCUUAAAGUGCUUUACCUGGAGGUCAGUGGAAUUUCAUUUAUAAAUGAUAGAAUGCAUGCAUUUUGAUGCUGAAAUUGUGAUGACUUACAAAGUUUGAUAUUACUGUACUUUUUUGUGAACAGUGAUUUUUUUGAAGUGGUGAACAUAUUUUCCAAGAAUAUCGUAGACAUUUUUAACAUGUAUGUUUGUGCCAAUAAAUCUUGUUUUAAGAA